AUGACCCAUUUUAAGAGAAGUGCUGUUAACCCUAACGUUAACAGCAUUAGCCAGAAGGUCUUCUCCUCAAACACGCCUCUCUCUCCUCUCUCUCAUCUCCUCCACCUCUGUUUUCUCAGCAACCUCAGACCGGCGAGAGCUUCCUCUCUCUCAGCCUCCGGCGACGUACUGACGGGAAGAAAAUACCCUCUCUCUUUGAAACCCAAUCAAUGCCUCUCUCAUCCUCAUUCUUUGUUCUUCUCAGAAACCCCAACCACUGCCACAUGCUCCACCUUUCCCAUCCCCCACCCACCUCUUCGCCGCCAAGGAUCACCGAUUCUACCACCCAUCUUUUCAAGGCUCCAACUUUUUUCCAGUGGGUUUUGAGCAAUCCAAGCUCCUCUGAAAUUAACGACUAUGACUUGGAAAGAUCUCUAAGGAGAUGUCUGACAACCAUUUAUGAGCAUUGGUGGCAAAAAAGGGAAAGGAAGGGAAUGCCUUUAAUCCGACAUCUUCAGCCACCGCUGUGGGAAAGGUAUCAACAACAAGUGAAGGAGUGGGUGCUAGCUUUGAACAAAAACAAUGCCAACAUCCCUAAUGGAUUCCAGGAGAAGGCUGCACCAAUUGAAAAGCCACCCACGUUUGCUUUCUGUUUGAAGCAGUGAGGUUUGGAAGUCCCAACAAGGGGUCAAAACAGAGGUCAUGUAGGAAGUUUUCAGUUUUUGGGCAAAGCAAUGCCAUCUUGCACUAAAGUGUAUGCAAAGAAGCCACCCAGAACUGCUACCCGAAGUGUAUGCAAAGAAGCAAGUUGUUGCAGCAUUUCAUAUUGCACUAAAUUGCAUUGAACUUGAUCUAGAGAUGCGGCCUAGGAUGCGAACAGUGUUAGAGGGUCUUGAUUGUAUAAAAUUGCAAAGAAGAAAGUAAAGAACUUAGUAGAAUUUUGGUUCUUGAUGCUAAUUUUUUAUGUUGAAGGUGUUUGGUUUGUUAGCAGUUGAUGGUUGGAGGGGGGAUUUGGAUGUAUUUUUUCCUGGAAAUAUUUUUGUGAACCAAUGUAUAUUUAAACAAAUUUAUUGCUAAAUUUAAAAUUUCAGAAUUUAUAUUUC